AUGGACCUGGACACGUUCUACACGGCUGUGCAGAAAGGUAACGUGCAGACUGUGAGGAGGGGGCUGGACGCUGGGGUCGACCUCAGGGUCAAGAAAAAAUGGGGAUUAUCGGAUGACCAGACGUCCCUGCAUGUGGCCAGCCUGCACGGGCAGACUAAAGUGGCGGCAUUGCUGAUCGAACACGGUGCCGACCUGGAGGCGAGGGACGACCGGUUCCAGGAAACACCUUUGCAUCGGGCUGCUGCUGGGGGCCGCACCGGGACUUGUAAGCUUCUGAUCCGUCAUGGGGCAGACGUGACGGCCAGGGAUGAG